AUGCCACUCCUCCAGAGAGUCGUCAAAGGCAUCGGCUCCGGCAUAGGCCUCGCCUCGGAAGCCAUUGCCGACCACAAGGAGAAGAAAGUCGCCAAAGAGCCCGGAGCCUCGCCUCUCCGAUCAGCUCAGCUCGAGGCCGGCGAGGGGUCGCGGUCUAUCUCACGGUCAGCAGAGGCAGGCCGGGGAGAAAAGGAAAGAGUUGGCGGCGAGGAUGGCGACUACGAGUCCGACUCCGACUCCGACUCUUCUUUGGACAUGGACAGUUCGGAUUUAGACAACGACAAGGCCGAAUGGGCACUCGACGACGCCGCUCAGCAGCUGGAGGCGCCUCCGCCAACAUACGACGAGGCAUCCUCGUCCAGCCCCGCAUCUGCCGACGAAUUGGCGAGUGCCUUCCUCAACACCCACCAAGUGGCCCGGGACCCAAAGAAGAGCUAUCAACCACUUCCAUGCCCCGUCAUUCUCCCACAGCGCCGGCCCAAGGACAAGUCCCGCGGCUUCGUGCGUGCCUACGCCCCGGUCCUCGACACAUGCUCCGGCAUCGACCAGGCGACGUUCAUCGAUUUCCUGAACGGGCUCGACCGGGCUUCUCGGGCCAGCCCGGUCUUUGACGUGGUCAACCUGGCCUGCUUCGCGGUCGGAUUCGUGCCCAGCCCGAUUGCGAUGGGCGUGUCGAUCGCGGUGCAAGUGGCCAGCCGCACGGCGCAGGAGGUGCAGUCACGCCACCGGCGCAACACGUAUCUGGACCAGAUCAACGAGACGCUCUUCAAGCCGCGCGGGCUGUACUGCAUGAUCAUGACGUUCAAACCAGACAGCCCACACGAGCCCAUCAUCGGCAUGGACGUUCGGUCGGUCGACCAGGCUCUGGCCAAGGCCACGUCCAACCCGGAGUCGGAAAUGCGGCAGAAGCUGAAAACCCUGCGUCUGUCUUCGGGCGCCACCAAGGGUGAGAUGUCGCUCCCGGAAUCCGCCCCGCUGAUCUACCCGGCGCUGGAGGCCGCGCUGGACCGGCCGGCCGAGAUGACGCCCGCGAAGCAGAACGCGCUGAAGAGCUCGACCGGCUUCGUGGCUAGCUACCUCGACCGGCGAGCCCAGGCCGCCUACGCGGGCAUGUAUCCAGACAGCAAGCUGGCGCUGGCCGUGCCGCCGCCCGACAAGAAAUUCGCCUCGCGCUUCUCCGACCCCAACCAUCCCGCCAACUCCGGCUCCCUCCUCGCCCUCCUGACCGGCGGCAAGUUCGAUCCCAAGGCCAAAAAGCGCGGCCGGAGGGCCCAGCGCCGCGCCCGUCGCCGCGGCUACGAGUUGAGUGAAGCCGACAUCAAGAACGCCGAGAUGGGCCGCCUGCCUCGCCGCCGACAGGGCGUCAUCCGCCGCGUCUUGCAGCAGCACGUCCUCUACUUGACUAUCGUCAACCUGCCUACCGAGAGCGAGAUGAAGGAGAUGCUGCAGGAGUUGGACCGGAAGAGUUCUUGA